UGCUCUUCCGCUUUCUUCCGUUUACUCUCGCUUCUCACUAAACGAAAGUUACAGUUGUGGAUCGCGCAGAAGGAAGGAGGAUGGACAGGACGCAUCUUCUGAGUGACCAGGAUGAAGUCCACACUGGCCCAUCAUGCCCUGGUCAAUCUUAUGCAGAUCCGAACACCGUGCCAGACGACGGGGCGACGGCUCCUCCUGCAGAUUUAAUGCCUGUUGUUCCUGGAUAUGAAAGUUUUGGGCCUAAUGUCAUUCCACCGUCAGACUUUGGAUCGGCGCAGCCUCAAGCCCCAUCCAGACCUCCAGAGAGACGCUUUGACAUUCCUGCGAUCAGUGAAGAACUUGCACAUGAGGCCUUCACAAAAUACGUCUCCAGCAAAUGCUGUUACGGCUCGAAACCAGCCAGAGAGAUGGUGUUCACUGACCUGCAGUCCCUCAACACAUAUCGGUACCGAUUGGAGACUUUUACAGAGUCUAGAACCACAGAGUGGGACAGUGAACCAUACAAUGGUCAGGUGGUGGAUGGAUUCGGAGUGGCCCCCGGUCCGUGGAGUAUUCCUGUGCCCAUCCCGUCCCUCUUUAAAGACUGCGAGAAAGCCGUCCGCGUUCCUCACACGUCUACUGUCAAAGGUUGCCAUUCAUGCCUGAAUCUUGGAAGAUCUGCAUGCGGAAGAUGCGUAAAUUCUGGCAGGACUCGAUGUGGAGCCUGUAGUGGCACGGGUUGGACUCAGUCCAGUGAACGGCGACACUGUACGAUGUGUCGGGGCUCUGGCAUGAUUAAGUGUCAUUCCUGUGGAGGAGUCGGUUCGAUUACCUGCAAAACAUGCAAAGGGCAAGGAAAGCUCCUCUGCUUCAUCAAACUCAAAAUUACAUGGAAGAACAACAUUCAUGUUGCUGUGAUUGACAAGCGUUCUGGGUUCCCCGUUGAAUAUCUCGACCAAAUUGCUGGAGAGAAGCUUUUAACUGAUAUGGCUGCAAUGGUCUAUCCAGUUGUGGGUUUCCCGGACAGCUCUGUGAACGUAGCGUCUGAAAGUGCCGUGAGGGAACACCAGGCUCAGUUCUCCACCACAUGUCAUAUUCUCCAACAGAGGCAGACCAUUGAGCUUAUUCCCAUCACACGAGUGCAUUACACCUGGAAUGAAAAAACAUACAUUUAUUUUGUAUAUGGUACUGAACACAAAGUUUACACCAAGGACUAUCCUGCUAAAUGUUGCUGUUGCUCCAUCCUUUAAACAUGCCGUAUAGGCCACUGUCAUAUGUUAAAAGAGCUGUAAUAUCAUUUUCAUAUACAUAUUUGAAAUCAUUACAAAGAAACGGUAGGCAAAUUAAAAAAGACCAUGCUU